UUCUCAGUUACGCUAUACCAUAUAUAGUAUGUGAACUGUAUUCUGAAACUUCCUCCAAGGAUAAUUGUUGAUAUGAUAAUAAGUGAAAUUUUUAAAUACAGUGUCCUAUUUGAUAUCGAAGUGGGUUCAAAAUCAGAAGAGAUGUAACUGAGUUUUUGUGACCGAUUUCGAGAUUUAUAGUCAGCUCACGAAACACUGAGUCGAGUGCUGAUAUUGUCUCUCAAAUACAAAAUAGACCCAGAGCAAAGAGUUUGCAGAGUGAAAUAUUUUAACGGUGUCACAGCGUCCUCUUCAGUCGUGUUGUUUUACUAACAAUUCGGUCAUGUGAUCGUACAUAAAUUGGCCCUUUUUUCAACCACGAUAUAAGUAAAUAUAUAUCAGCACGUCAGUUUAAUCAAUAGAAGAAUAAACAAUAAGUGUCGCAAGACGAUUGGCGAGUUGUGGCAAAUAAAGUUCGCUUUUGAGCCGGAACGUAGCGUGAGCUGACUGACCUUUUUUGAGGUUUCUUAUAGAGGUAAUGGUUUUCAAACAACAAUUUCAUAGUAAAUAGUCUUUUUUUCGGCAGGGGAUUCAUGCCGGGACAGCCCCUGUAAUGGAGGGAACUGCAUACCAACUAAAGGCGGAGAUAGUUACAAAUGUGCGUGUGCAGUGGGAUAUUAUGGAGAAAAAUGCGAGAAAGGUACUCAAAGAGUAUGUCUACGGUCCAAUGGUGUGAAUUCAACGUUUUUUAGUUGAUACUUCGUCAUGUUUUAGGUCGUUCCUUUAAGAAAUUCAAAUUGCAGCCAUAACAAUUGGAGAGGUCGUUGUCCGUCCACCCCACAUUCUAGCAAUUACUAGUCAGGAGGCCCUCACAUCACCACAAAGGACUUCCUACCUACAAUGGUUUGCUCAUGCUGAAGCUCAUGCACAGUAAAGGAAGAAAAGUCUCGUUGUAGGCAAUGCUUCGCUUAAUGCAAUGCAUGUGCAGCUUAGUCCGUGUCUUCGUGGGAAAAAGUUGCGGCUCCACGCCUGUCCCAAAUAAAUUAUAGAACAAAAAAAAGCGUACCGAUCGAGUGAUAAAACAUUUAUAGAACUCUCUUCACAUUUUAUCGUGAUUGGUUGUGUACAAGUAAAAUUAUUGAUCUGCUCACCACUUAACAUUAACCUUUUGUUACCGUUCACUUAAAACAUUUCGCCUUUUCUGAUCAAUUCGUUCAAUUCUCCCGGUUUAUGUUUCAUCACCAGCUAGCAUUGACCAAAUUUGGAAGUUGUGAGCAAUUAACUGGCUAACGUUUGGAAAAUUUUCCACAGGGAUUGGUUACCAUAUUUUCUUACUUAAGGGGCUACACUUGCGCGCGUAUCGCGAACACUUGAAGCUUCGCAAUUAUUAUUAUUAUUAUGGUAUGAUCCUUUUCCUGAGAAUUCUCAGCCAUUUCUCAGCAGCAAUCCCGCAGCUUAGAGACAUCACACUUUCCGCAAGAUAUGGGCAGUACCAAGGAUGGCUGACAACUGUGCGCUUCCAAAAAUAUCUGGUAGACGACUCAACCUCCUAUACCAAGCCUUUGCAUUCCCCCGAGAUAGUUCCAAGUGCACCAAUCACGACGGGUAUUACUGCUGCUCUCGUGGGUUUGAGGUUUCUUUAAUUUCGAGAGCUAGGUCUUGAUACUUUUCCACCUUUUCCUCCUCAGUAGUAUGGAUAUUUUGGUCCGCUGGCACGGCAAUGUCCAUGACCCCAGCUGUUAUUAUUAAUAUUACAAUUAUUAAACUGACUGAACAACGACGGAAGAGAAUUGUAGACCCUUGCGUUUCAUUCGUGUUUGCAGGACCAGUAGACCGUUGUGCGAUGAUUCCUGUAGGAGUUUCUGAUCCACGUAUAAUUCAUGACAAUCAAAUGACAGCCUCAUCUAAAUAUGACGGACGUUGUAAAGCCGCUUAUGGUCGACUUAAUGAUUUCAGAGGCGAUGGAUGGUGCACAGGUGUCUCUGAUAGCACCACUGACUGGCUGCAAGUUGAUCUGGGAACAACAAUUCAAGUGUGUGCUGUUGCUACUCAAGGAGACGUAGACAGCGAUGAAUGGACUACAGUCUUUAAGCUGUCAUAUUCCUCUGAUGAAAACAACUGGACGACUUACAAGGAUGCAAACGACACUGACAUGGUGAGAACUUCACAGUUCAUUAAAAAAAUACAGUUAAUAGCGGGGCUCCCGCGCGCGCGAAGCGCGCGUGGGACAGAGCCCCAUACCCAUGGAAUAUGGUCAACCUCUUUUCGUUUGGUUAUCACAUGAUUGACCGAGCGUACGUACGUACGUACGUACGUACGUACGCGUCUACAGAUUGUAUGGCUGGGGUAGGGGAGACUAUCAAAAGGAAGGGAGGGGUGUCUCAGGCGUGUCUUGGCAAGUCCACAUCUUUAAUAUAGGACAUUAACAAUAUGGUCAAUUGACAGCUGUCCAAACAGGAUAGCCACUGACCAGUAUCCCAUGACCAUAUCGCGGGCUCAUGUGUCAACUCAUCGAGGUGACGUGAUUUAUUUGGAAGCUGUCCGCUGACCAGUUAACUGUUUUACUAGAUCGCGAACAACGUUCAAUCUCAUACUUUUACUAGUUUGGGAGCACAGGAAAACUGAUAAUGCGCACAUAUUGGACAUCAAUGUUUUGAUCAAUUGACAGCUGUCAAAACAGAGUACCCGCUGACCAGUAUCACUUGACCGUAUCGCGGGCUCAGGUGUCGACCCGUCGAGGUCAAGGAUUUUUUGAAGUUAUCCGCUGACAAGUAAACUAGUUUUCAAGUGAUCGCAGGCUCAAGUUCAAUUUUUUUUCUUUAUUCAUAUGAAAUAUGUUGUGUUUAUGUGCUGCACAAUUAAAAUUUUGAUUGCAAACUGACCUCGGACGUGAAAAUUCAGCCAGCUGUUACAGGCAGGGAAGACAGUUGCUUUUGUUUUCUCACAAUGGUCACGCGUUGGUCACGCUCUACGUCCAAUUUUUAUGCUCUGAUUGGUCAAAAUUUGACAGGUGAGUUCAUGCGCAAAAUUUAUGCAGCAUCUUGAAUCUUGUUUACUUUAACAGCUGAAGCUGACAGAGUUUUGUGUCAACUUGUGAUGUUUUUAACUGUCUUUUUCCACUGGAUGUACAAAAUGAAAUUCAGCUGCUAUCAGGAGUCUUCUGUUACUCAUGGCUAGUUUGUUUAUUGGGUUUUGGUUGAGAAAACGUCGCUUGUCAAAGUCGGAAAUCCGAUUUCGGAUGGCAUCGUUUUCGUUUUCACCUUGCUUGAUGCGUGAGAGGAUUGCAAAGUCUGAAGCGAUACUGGCUUUACCUGAUAACUUUCAGGAGCUGCAUCUCGAAUGGUAAGCCAGAGAAAUUAUUGUAUUUCAUGUUUUUUUUUUGUAUCUAAUUUAAUGAAGUGGAGCGUAGUUUAUGCGGGAAUUUAGUUUAUGCGCGUUUGUAAGAUUUGAGACAACGAUCUCACCGAGUAUCUGGUUUGAUAUAAUCUUACAGAACUUUAAAAAGCCUUUAGACAGUUUCUCACCGCAAAUAGAAAGAAAAUGUUCCAAAGAAUCUUUAGUUAUAAUUCUAGCCGGAAAAGAAAGCUUUGAGCGAUUUUCUUGCCUCGAGUUCGUCUUUGAAAAAACAAACACCGGGAAGCUGGCUUAAAACAUAAACUUCAGCAAACUUAAGGUUGAAGCUUGAAGAUUCAGGAUAUUUAGGGACACUUUAAUACUUGUCUUCCUGAAUGAAAAUUGUUGUCUCUGUUUAUGUUUCACCGAAUUAUAUUUCUUUUAUUGAUUGUUAGUAGUCUCUCUUGCAAUUUUAAUCGCUAUGCCGAUUGUUUUCAGUCGUUCAGUGAACAUCGCUUGCAGGAGUUCUCAAAAUGCCGCGCGUUAAACCAUCAAAUAAAAAAUAAACAUGAUAAAUUCUUUAUUAUCUUGGAGCGUAACUCUGUUAAUGUUCAUUCAAACACUCGCUACAGCUCGCACUACAAAAGUGAGAACCGGAUGGCCGUAUAGGUGAUUUUGGAAAAUUUUUUUAACAGUUUAUGAAUAUUGAAUGAGAGCAAUUUGUAUUGUGAAAUACUGCUUUCUGUCCAUGGUAUAAAAGGUUGGUUUACACGCACCCAGAUUUGUUGGCAAGAUUUUGCAAAGUAAACUUGUCGAACGCCAAAACGUUGGCCUGGUUUUUUUUCUAAGCCUAAUUGAUCUACGGUGAUCAAUAGCCAUUACGGCUCUUAAAUGUGAUAAAAGAUGAUUACCAGUUUUUGAGUGUACAUAUGAGGCUAUCAACUCGAUGUAAGAUUUGGUUCACUCUUGGGCUGUUUGCAAAUUAUUUUUCUCUAAAAUCAGGUAGCCUUUCCCUCAAAAGUCACAUAAAUGUGCUCUAAAGUUAACUGAAUUGUGGAAUUCGAAUACAAGUUUAUUGUUUAAUUUAAAUUAUAAAUUUACUAAUGGGAGCCUCGCUUUUAGCCCUGGCUAAAUCUAUAUAUUAUAAAACAUCAUCAUCUGUUAGGAAGGAAAAUUUCUGCGGUAUGCUUCCAGCAGCCAAAUAAACUGCGGAUAAACUAGAUUAAGUCUUAAACAACAAAAAAAUACUUUUAGUAAAACCCAAGUAGUGGUCUACUAUCAAUGCUGCGUCCUGAUUGGUUGAGCUACUACUAGGCUAUAUGUUAUAGCCCACUAGUAGCGAAAAGCGCGGGCUUUUUGGCGGCAAAAAGGGUCUAAAGUCCAGCUUUAAAUAGCUAAAAUUUGAUUAUUCUCGAUAUUUUUGACCAACUAGUUGGUCUCGCCCUCAUGACCUCUGAGUCAAUAGCCCAUUCGACCUUCGGCUUCAUAUGGGCUAUUGACUCAGAACCAAUUCGGACUCGAGGAAUAAUUGUUAAAUAUCUCGAUGUCUUAACAAUUAAAGUUUAUAAAAUAACUGAGAUAGUAAGCGUGAUCUGAUUGGUCAAAAACCUAUGGUUUAUUAUACCGGUAAACCCAUAGAAAAAGGCAUCCGGACCACGAGCCAUAAACAAAACCGGCUAUUGAUCUGCAAACAACGAUUUUAGAAAGGCUAAAAAACAGAACAAGUUACUUACCCAGCCCUUCUUAAUAUCAAAAGCGUUGGUUUCAACAUUUUAUUACUGCCAUAGCUUUAGAAGUAAUAAAGUACAAAGCUGGAAAGCAGUUUACAUUUCACGACGAUGCCAAAUAGCAGAUAAAGACAACAGCUGUGUGAAUUUCUGGUGUAAAAAGUCUCCAGGAAAACUUAACCAUGUGCCAACCAGCAACAAAACGGAUAGUUUUAGCAUUCUUGAUUUAUUUUAUGCCAAAAUUAAAUUCCUUAAUGAAAGAAAUUGUUGCAAAAAGAGAUCUCUGAUCAAGAUAUGGUACAAAAUCGGCCGCUGCAGGUUGUAAACAAGCUGCCAACGAUGAUGAAAGAUGUCAGAGUUUCCGGCUGGUUUUUUCCAACAUUUGCACAAAUUAUUCGGUGAUAUCGAUACCAUAACCUACCUCAAACCACCUGACUUUACAAAUCGACAAAAAUUAACGCCAAUAUGUGGCUACGGCAAAGAAACCUUUCUCCACCACUGACAUAUUUCCAUCGGUCGCUUUACGUGCAUAUAAAGUUACAUGCGACAACUUCGCAAAUGCAGCCACGUCGUUACCGCAGUAUUUCUUAAUCAUAAUAAAGUCCAGAAAACAGAUCUUAAACCACUGCGGCUUGUAAAAUGUCAAUGAAGUCCUCCAUUACAAUAGCUGCCAGUUCCGUCUGUAAGCACGAAAUUCUUACGGAUCGACACAAAAAAAUACAGCUGCGUACAGUCUGAUGUUCAAUUUCUACUUCUGUAGUAAACAAACCAUGAACGUAUUCUUUCAUUGUAGUUUCGCAUGAAUAAAUGUUGACUUUUCCUGUAAAACAGCUUUCAUAAGUUAUCAUGUAAUGAGUGCAAAAACUCGUGUUUUGAAGUGCUGCUGUUUGUUAUUUGACUGAACUGAGUUUUGAGAAAGUUCAGCGCUAUUAAAUCGUGAGUCAUGAUUGGCUUAUGAUGACUUUAGAGAGAAGACAUGACUUGAUCACAGUACUAAAACCAUAUUUUUUACCUAAAAGACUCCAUUCUACCAAAAGUUAUUUUAUAAAAGCAAUAGACCACACUUUCUAUGGGUUUACCGGCGUGAUAACCCUCUUGGGAUGUUGGGAGAACACUCGAAAAGCUUGUAAAUCACUCGCCUUGAGCUCGUGAUUUACAAGCUUUUCUCGUGUUCUCCCAACAUCCCGCGUGGGUUAUCACGCCGGUAAACCCAUAGAAAGUGUGGUCUAUUGCUUAAAUAAUACAGUUUAAGUAAAUUUAUACGGACCCAUUAGCUGAAACAUUUCCUCGCUCUUAAAAAGCUAUUUUAAUUGCUUGGAAAAUAGUUUGAGGUUUUGCUGCUACCGUUAAAGGGGACUUCACGUCCUAUUGUAACCAGCAUAACAGAAGUUAUUUACCAAAAGCAAAGGAGGUUCUUUUCUUGAACUUCACGCUAGACCAUGUUUUCCCUGUUGCUCGUUUGUGAUCUAACGUUUUCUUAGACAUUUAAACAUUACACAACCUAUAUGGUCCUAAAUUUCUCAGCAAAUAGCCAAUGAAAAAUACGGCAACAAAUCCGAUUUGCUCAAAGACUACCCAGAAGCUUAGAUCGCAAGUUGGUUCGUCACAAGACAAUUUAUAAUACGCGUCGUUGGAUCAUAAAGUCCCCAUUACCGGCCGGGACCGCGGUUUGGUGUCCGCUAACGGGAAGUGUCCGUUAGUAGAGGUUGGACUGUAAUGUUUUAAAGUGUAGUUUUGGUACAAAAUACGUUUUCAAAUACAGGAAAAUUAUGACAAAGUCACGUAAAGAGUAUUGAAACAGAUCUUGUAAAAUGUAGUAUAAAAUACCUCUGGUUAAGGUGAAAUAGUGUUUAAAUCAUUAAAAUGCUUUAAACUCCACUUUAAAAACUUUAUUGAUAUAUAGCUGAUUUGGUUUGCGCGACUGCUUUUCACGGGUCGAUCACAAUAAAGACUAAAACCAGAAACCACAUAUGAAAAGUCUCUAGCCCCGGGGGUAUAAGUAUCAUUCUCCCAUCACAAUUAAACACGGGUUGGACAACACAGUUUUUAAUAAAUUGACCUGGUUUAUUGUUGUUGCUGUUGAUAUUAUUGUUCAUUUUUUUCUUUUCACUCAUAAUUGAAGGCAAUUACCGUAUUUAUUCGAUUAAACGCCGCCCUCGAAUAAACGCCGCACCUCAUCAGAAGAAUGUGGCGUUUACUCGAGGAUAAUUAGAAAAAACUCGGUACAACCAGAAACUCAUGAGGGGUUGAAACGUGUAACUCUCAUAUGUUUGCUUUGUCCGAUGCUCGUGAUUAUUCAUUUUCGAAAGUACCACAUUUGGAACGAGAAGAAAAGAUAACUGACCAAUCAAACUUCGUAAACAACGUGAUGUAAUUUUACUUCAGGUUCCCGCGCCUGCUUAAAAAAAAUGGCCGACAAAUGGGAGAAAAACUCCCAAAAGCCGAGAAAGCUUUCAAAGGUUGAAACCAGGAAUCGUACCGAAAACACUGAGCAGAAAUAUAUUAUUGCCUUACCACCCGGGCCAAACGUAACGUUAUGAAACACACUGACGUCCUCGCAACUUCUUGAAGUUGUCACUUCAAAAGACGAUGCCUCGUUGACCCUCUGCACAGUGAACUUAUACUGCAAAUAGGUUUUUAAAGUUCUUAUUUUAAAGUCUAGAAUAAACAGUAAACAAUAUUUUCGAAUAAAAUUCUUUAGCUGCGUAUCGAAGAGUGUCCAAAACCUGAACCUGACAUCUUCGCAAAAAGAGAUGCGUGUAAUGAAAGUGAGAAGCAUUUAAGCUUAAAUUCAGCUUCGAUGUUGUAGUCACGAUUGUGUUUUGAGCUAAGUUUAUGAAUGAACAAACUCAAAACAAUAGACAGAGAAGCCGUUUCUUGAAAAUUUUUAUUCAAAAUCCAAAAAGUUAAUCCUUUAAAGCAAUUCGGAAAACACUAUCUGGAUCGUGGAUCCGUUCACACAAGUGAAAUCGGCUGAGCACAUGGCAAAAUUCAACACAAAAUCCAUCUCAAUCGGGGCACAUUUUGUAAUUUUUCUUUAGCGCCGAAGAGAAAAAUUUAAAACGUCUAUGAAACAUUUAGAAAUACAUAAAUUCCCUUUCAAAAACGUAAUUGUCUCGGCCAUAGAGUGCAAAAUGUACCUCAAAAUUCAGCAAAAACUUCACUGCCUUGGUUGAAGAAAACAAGGUUGAAUUCCUCGAAGGAUGAUUUCUUGAUGAAAAGCUUCCCUUCCUCCGCAAAAAGAAAGCUUAGCAUUCUUUUGAACUUUCUCUUUCCAUUUUUUGUCUUUUAACGGUGUAUUUUUAACCCUGAAAUGCAGAACUCUUGUCUUAAAACACCUGCAUGGUGAUCACGCGGCAGCCAUUUUGUUGAAAAUUAAUAUCUGUCACUAAGGUUUCCAAAUAUGGUAAAAGUGAAUAUUCACGAGCAUUGAACACGAGUUACACGUUUCAACCCCUUAUGCGUUUCUGGUACAACUUGGUAAUUUACACCAUCCAGACAUUUACGAUUCUAUCUCGGCAAAAUAAGGGAAACACUGGAACCUUUCAAUUACAUAAUAUUUACAAACGAUUUAUAGUAACUGCUGUCAGUGAUUUCGAAAUAAACGCCGCCCUUGAAUAAACGCCGCAUCGGAAACGCUAAAAAUUUUUAAAAUAAACGCCACGGCGUUUAAUCGAAUAGAUACGGUAUUAGUGAUUUAAAGUAACCUAGAGGAUUAUUUCAUCGCAGCCUGCAAUAUAAGAGGUUUCCAACCUCUUUCUUAGUUUUCUUUGAAAUUGAACAUCUUGGGCAGUUAUUACAUGUUGAUUAAAAAAUUGCCUAAAUUAAAGGAGAAGCUAUCGUUACAUUUCUUGAGGGAUCACCCAGAUCAGAAGUAAGAGUUAAUUGUACUUUAAUUGCUUGAAUUUCGUAUCUUGCUCGAGUGUAAUUUUCUGCUAUCCAAGCUAGUGGAUAUUUUUACUAUGCUUCAUUUGGUUUUAGUAUCCGAAGUGACUUUUAAUGCAUUGUUGCUUCAGGAAUUUCACAGGAGUGGUGGCAGCAGAAUAGUGGUCCAACACACACUACCGUUAAUAGUCUUUACAAGAUUUAUUCGCUUUCAUCCGAUAAAGCAGCACAAAUGGAACUGCCUCAGGGUUGAAGUAUACAGCAGCAAAGGUAAAACUGUUAAAUAA